UAGCCGACAAAAAUCUUCACAUACUUUACUAUUUACAACUUUGAGAGAAUUCAUGAAUAAGAAUUAUUAAUUAUGAGCGUAAAUACACGCAAAGGACCCAUAUUUGACCCAGGACUGUGCAGAUGUUGUGGUGCAAUUAAAAAAUGCCGUCUCCUAAACGUUGAAUAUACGUGGAAUGAUCAAAAAGAAACUUACUCCGAUAUGUUCAUGGAUUGUUUCGGUUUACUGCUGUCACACUUGGACGGUGAGGAGGCAGAGCGGUUGAUAUGUGCUACGUGCGUGUGUCGCCUGCGCGAGGCUGCGAGCUUCCGGCGGCAGGUGCUACAGUGUGAAGAGACACUGCUGAGGACCAAGAUACAUGGAGAUGGAGAGUCCUGCUGUGAAAUAAAAGAAGAGAUAAAAGUGAAAGAGGAAAUAAUAAAUGGCAACACGGAGCUAUCGUGCCUGGACUAUGAUGACGCUACUGAAAAUAUUGAUGACUUAGAAGAGGAUGCAUUGGUACCGGCGAAAAAGCCAAAAAGGAAAUCACUGAGGCAAAAAUUAAAAAGUGGCAAGAAAGGAAAAUCGAAAAAAAUAAACAAAGAAGACUCAGCUGAUGACACAGAAAUGCUAUAUCUUGUCCCAGAUGAGAAACUAAUGGAACAGAACGAAUUUACAUAUCAAGAAGCGAGCUAUCCUCAAAAACAAAAUGGCUACAAAACAGAAAACACAAAACGACUCCACAAUAUACUGACCAUUAUUGAGAAUUCCUACGCAUGCCCCUUCGAUACAUCCUUCAGCGACUACUUCUGUGUAUACUGCAGACAAGUGUUCACAGAUCCCAAUAAACUACGGGAUCAUUCCAUGACACAUGAUCCCAGAGGCUUCAAAGAUGUUCUAACAAACGGUCAGAAUAACAAGAAAGUUCAAAUCGAUGUAUACAGGAUAGACUGCAGACUGUGUCCGGAGCCAAUCAAUGAUUUAGAACAAUUCAAAAAUCAUAUAACCAUCCACGGUAAGGCCUUGCACAACGAUUCAGACGAUUAUCUCAAAUUCAAAUUGACAUCCGGUACGUUGUCAUGCACAGAAUGCAACAGUACUUUUGGAUUCUUUCAUGCAUUGAAGAAGCAUACAGCCGAGCAUUUUGGUACUUGCAUAUGUGAUGUGUGCGGUGCACAUUACUUCGAAGAGAGAAUGCUGGCCCUCCAUCAAAAGACUCACCAACGUGUUGAUGAAACAUUCACAUGUAAGGAGUGCGGGAAAAGCUUCAAGUCAAAAUACACGAGGUAUAUGCAUAUAGCUAGGGCUCACAAGAAAGAGGCAGCGUACCAAUGUAACAAGUGCGAUGAAGUUUUCUUCUCAUACACAUUGCGUUACAGACAUAUGAUAGAAGUGCACGGUGAGGAACGUAGAUUCCAAUGCGAGCAAUGUGACCGUGCUUAUGACAGUAGGAAAUCUCUACGGGAACACAACAGACGUUAUCACUUAAAAAUACUAAAGCAUCAGUGCGAUUUGUGUGAGAAAAGAUUCUAUCUACCCUCGAGGCUGAAAGAACAUAUGGCAAGUCAUACGGGUGAGAGGAAUUUCAGGUGUGAAUAUUGUGGGAAGAGUUAUCCGAGGCUGCGUGGCUUGAAAGUACACAUGCAGUCUCACAGCUCUGACAAGAAAUAUAAAUGCGGUUUGUGCAGUGCAUCGUUCACGCAGAAUGUCAACUUGAAAAAUCACAUCAAAAGACAGCACCAAGGUAUGGAUUUGGAUGAGAAUUAUCAGGAAUAAAGGAGAUUGUAAAAUAACUUUGAAAUCUAUCUAUCUUCUAUAUAUAUAAAAGAGAAAGUGUGUGGGUAUGUUCCGUAUAGGCUCCGA